AUGGGAAUACCAUCGACCAAGGAGAUUGAUGAAGUUGCUAAAGUUGUUUGGGCAUCUCAUAUUCUAUCGUAUUGGAAUCCUUACACCACUCCCAUGCCAGAUAAGCUACAGUCGCCAUCUGACGGAAACACAACUGAUGACGAUGAAGAUUAUGAUAACAGCUCUGACAUUGACGGGACAAGUACAGACACUGCUAUGUUGGCAGGUGGUGAUGAAGCACUAUGUGAGAAGUUUCUAAAUUGUAUCAGUGAGCUACUCGCCCACACAAAGGGCGGGAAACACGUCACUGCUGCCGCGUUAAGAGAGAAAGAGGGUUCAAUUGAGAUUGACAUCGCUCGAAACACCGGAUUCAGCCACAAAGAUGAUAAUUAUAUUUCUUCGCUGACCCGCUUCCUUGCCAGGCGAGGUGAAAGUAACUACUAUGCUACCCACCGGUGCGAUUUAUUGCGGAUUCUAACUAUGUCUCAAGGUGUUUCGCAUCAAGAUGCUGAGGACGAUCACUAUUUUCUGCGCCAAACGAUAGUAUACAAUGCUAGUCGAGUGAGCGAUGCCGUGACAAAGGCAGUGGGGCUUCUGAAUGGGUCACCGUUCUGUCCUGUCCCUCGCUCGUCUAUUGAAAGCCAGUCUAACGAUUCGACCUGUCUCCUUGGCUGCUGUUCUAAAGGACACCCAUUAGCCUCCAACGCAAUCGAAAGUCUCAUACUGCAGCUUCUCAAUUUCGAUUUCUUGAAAUCUAAAUCAUUGACUUCACUGGAGAGGGAGGAUCAAAUAUGUCAGAUUGUGGAACUUGCAGCUCUGGCCUUGCGCUCAUCGCAAGAAAUGCAGGCUAGGUUGAAAGAUAUACUUCCAUGCGCGGAUCCAUUGAAAGUGAUGAAGAUAUGGCGAAUUGUGGCAAGGCCAGCGACCGAUCUUUAUAUCUUAUCCCGCAUUUCCUGGCUAUUGCCCAACUUUCGGUCGGUCGUAUUUAUUAAAAUGUCACCGCCAGAUCCUAUCCGACUCCAAAAGCGCCAUAAGAAAUCGAUACAACAAGCUUGGAAGAAGCUUCAACUUCCGGCCAUGGAUAGAAGCUUACCCAAUAAUAUUGCUAAAAAGAGCGGCGAGUUCAAAAGGGACUGUUUUGAUAUCCCUUCAGUUCACUGCGAAAUACAGCUUUUAGCACGCUACGAGGCGGAACCUUCGCUCACACCGACAAUUCUGUACCUUGGAUGUAGCAAAAAAGCCUGCUUUCUCUGUCAACGCUUUUUAGCCUUGUCAUCUUUGAAGCUGCGAGUCCGUGGCUGCCAUGGUCAAUGCCACCCUUCAUGGGGCAUCCCGCUACUCAGCUUAGACACCACGCAACCGCGAACAAGGCAACUAUGUGAAGCCAUUAAGGAGAAAAUAAAAAGUCUCAUCGACCCAGAACCGUUUUCUAAAACGGUCGCUGUGCAGCAAUCGUCAGCAGUCUCUGAGUUGAAUUCUACAGACAUGCUCGUGAUGAAGCGGCAACAUGCACGUAGAGAAAUCACUGAUAGGAGAGGCCAGGAACACCGCGAAGCAACACAAAUACUGUAUAGACACAUAAACUCCGCUUUAGGGAGAACAUAG